AUGAAGAGCCUGAAGGCCAAGUUCAAGAAGGCAGAUCCCCGGCCCCCGCCCGGGCGGCGAUGCCGGAGCGCUCCGGGCUCGGGGGUGCCCGUGCUGGCCGGGGCGGGAGGCGGGGGGCGCAUGGCGUCCUCCCGCCGCCUCCUGCUCAGCACCAUGAAGCAGAUCUGCUUUUGUGCCGCCGCCUCCUUCGCGAGCCAGGACUGGACCAAGAACGACGAGAAGCUGCUGCAGGCUGUGGACUACAACGAUGCCGGGCGGGUCACGUCGCUCCUGCUCCGCAAGGGCCUGGUGCCCACCAAGCUGGACUCGGAGGGCAAAUCCGCGUUCCACCUGGCUGCCACGCGGGGCAACGUGGACUGCCUGGAAGCAAUGCUGGCCCAUGGCGUGGAUGCCAUGACCAAGGACAGCUCGGGUUACACUGCCCUGCACUUGGCCUCCAAGCACGGGCACCCUCAGUGUGUCAGCAAACUGCUGCAGGCCUCCUGCCCCGUUGACGUGGCUGAUGGCAGUGGCCGGACGGCGCUGCACCUGGCGGCUGCCAGCGGCUGCAUCUCCUGCUCCGAGAUCCUCUGUGACUUCAAGGCUCCCUUGAACAGCAAGGACAAGGACGGCUCCACGCCGCUGAUCCUGGCUGCCAAGAUGAGCCACUCGGAGCUGUGCCGGUACCUGCUGCACCGCGGGGCCGCCGUCAACUGCCGGGACCUGCAGGGCAGGACAGCCCUGAUGCUGGCCUGCGAGAGCGGCAGCGUGGACACCGUGGAGGUGCUGGUCAGCGCCGGUGCCCGCGUGGGCGUGGUGGACGCCACUGGCCACGAUGCUGCUCACUACGGGCUGGCCACGGGCAAUGCCCUCAUCCAGCACCUGCUGCAGGAGGCGGCCCAGCGCCGCUCCUGGGCCAGCGAAGAGGAGUCAACUGAGCAGGCGUCGCAGACGUCUUCGCCCAGCCAGUCAUCUGUCAGGGAGAAGAGCAGCACUCCGAGGAAGAGGAAGGCCCCUCUGCCUCCCCUGGGCACGCCCAGCCAGGAGGACCGGGACGCCUAUGAGGAGAUCGUGCGGCUGCGGCAGGAGAGGGCCCAGUUCCUGCAGAAGAUCCGGGGCUUGGAGCAGCAGGAGAAGCAGAGACGGGAGCGGGCAGAGCUGGAUGAGGCCUCCCUGCGCUCCAUGGAGAAACAGAUCCAGGAGCUGCAGGAGCGGCUGGUGACACGGGAUGGGGAGAAGGAGAAGCUGGGCAAGGAGGUGGAGGCUCUGCGGAGCCGCCUAUCCUCGAUGGAGAAUGAGAAGGAGAACACAAGCUAUGACAUUGAGACUCUGCAGGAUGAGGAGGGAGACCCACUUGAGUUCCCAGGAGCAGAGAUGCUGCUCUCCAAGAAGACACUGAGCCCCUCGGCCGAGGAACUGCUGGCCACGCUCCAGGGGCAGGUGCAGUCCCUGACCGUGCAGAACAAGGAGCUGAGGGAGAAAAUCCAGGCACGUCCCCCUCUGUCUGUCUGUCCCUCUGUUCCUUGUCCCCUGGCCCACGGUGGCCUCACGGUCUCUCGGCAGGUGCUGGAGAACUACGAGCGGGACGAGAGCAGCCCCCCUGCCCCGGGGGACAUGGUGCCCGCCAGUCUGUACCAGGCUCUGCAGCGGGAGCUGGAGCGGCUGCGGGCGCAGGGCAGGGAGGCCACGGCACGGGCUGGAGGGGACGGGCAGCGCGUGGCCUCAGAGCCCAGCCCGGAGGGAUCCGCGGGGCCACGUCCCACCGAGGAGCCAGCCUGGGCCUGGGGCGAGUGCAAGGCGGCGCUGGGUGAGCUGGGGGUGCAGACAUCCUCCUCCUCCUCACCCUCCGGCGAGCGGGAGCCAGGUGCUGAGCUGGCGGAGGCACGGGCGGCCCUGAAGCGGGCACAGACCGAGCUGGAGGAGCGGGAGCGGCGGCUGAAGGAGCUGCAGGCCCGGCUGGAGGCUGCGGAGGCCGCGGCCUCGGCGGGAGCCUCUGUGGAGGAGGCGUCGCGGGAGAAGGAAGCGCUGCUGGAGCGCUGCGGGCGCGCCGAGGCUGAGGCGGAGGCGCUGCGGCGGGAGCUGGAGGCGAGGCCGCGGGACACACCGAGAGCUCCGGAGCCGGCGCGGCAGCAGGCGCAGGCCGAGGCGCAGCUGGCAGAGCUCCGGGCCGCGCUGGCGCGCAGGGAGGCCGAGCUGGGCGCGCUGAGGGAUCGGCUGCGGCAGCACGAGGAGGAGGCCCCGGCGUGGCCGCAGCGGGCGCGGCAGACGCGGGCCCUGCGGGAGCGCCUGGCACAGCUGGAGGCCACGGCCGACACCAAGGCCCGCGAGGCCGCCCGGCUGCAGGCGGAGCUGGCGGCGGCCGUGCCGCGGGCGCAGCACGAGGCGGCCGAGGCCGGGCUGCGGGCGGAGGCGGCGGCGCUGGCGCAGCGGCUGCGGGAGCUGGAGCGGCGGCACGAGAAGACGUGCGAGGAGGUGUUCCGCGUGCAGCGGCAGGCGCUGUUCAUGAAGAGCGAGAGGCAGGCGGCCGAGGACAGGCUGGGUGCCGCGCAGAAGCAGCUGGAGCAGGCCCAGGACGAGGCGCGGCGGCUGCGGGAGCUCCACGGACACGCCGAGGACGCAGCACGGCUGGUCAGGGAGAGGGACAGGAAGAUCACGGAGCUCUCCAAAGAGGUUUUCAGGCUGAAGGAAGCCCUGAACGCCCUCCCUGAGUCAGGGGAGCCCCCCCAAUCCCCACCCAACACGGCCGCGCUCCAGGCGCGGAUCCGGGUGCUGGAGGAGAAGCUGGAGGAGACAGAGACGAGGCACAGCAAGGUGGUGACACUCUACCGGAGCCACCUGCUCUAUGCUGUGCAGGGCCACAUGGACGAGGACGUGCAGAGACUCCUGUGCCAGAUCCUGAGGAUGCAGCGGCUGCAGGAGCAGGGCAGAUGAGCCCCUGCCAGCACGGGUGGCACAGGGACGGGUGGACAGGUGCCUGGGCAGCCCUGCUGAGUCUCCUGCCAUGAGGUGGCUUUGGGUCGUGGCUUUGGUGGCACCUGCCUACACUGUCCCCUACAAUGGCACAGCAGGGAGCACUGG